GGAACAAUGGCCAGUGACAGCAAGAAGACAGUCCUUAUAACUGGGUGCUCAUCGGGCAUCGGGCUAAAGAUUGCCGUACAGCUGGCGCAUGAUCCCCAAGAGCGCUAUCAUGUCAUUGCCACCAUGAGGGACCUACGAAAAAGUGGAAAGCUGGAAGCAGAAUCAGGACAUUCCUUAAAUAAGACAUUAGAGAUCAGACAGCUGGAUGUGACUCAGGAAGACUCUGUGAAGAAAUGUUUGGAUGGACUUCCUGAUCGGAAAGUUGACAUUCUGGUGAACAAUGCUGGUGUUGGGCAAAUUGGUCCAAUUGAAAGUUUUUCAAUGGAAGACAUGAGAAAGGUGUUUGAAACAAACUUUUUUGGAGUCGUGAAUCUUGUUAAGGAGGUCCUUCCUGGAAUGAAGAAGCGUGGGAGUGGCCAUAUUGUUGUGAUCAGUAGUGUCAUGGGACUUCAAGGUAUUAUAUUUAAUGAUAUUUAUGCUGCAUCAAAAUUUGCCAUUGAAGGUUUUUGCGAAAGUUUGGCAGUCCAGCUACUGAAGUUUAAUAUAUUCAUCUCCUUGAUAGAACCAGGACCUGUUAACACAGAGUUUGAGAUGAAGCUGAUGGAAGAAGUGUCUCGUUCAGACUUCCCUGGGGCCGACCCUGAAACCAUACGUUAUUUUAAAGAUAUUUACCUACCUUCCGCUCAUGAGAUCUUUGUCACCUUGGGACAGACGCCAGAUGCAGUGGCAAAGGCCACUGUGAAAGUGAUUGGAAUGAAUCAGCCAGUUUUCCGUCACCAAACCAACAUUCUCUACACCCCCUUAACUGCUCUAAAAUAUGCAGACAACACAGGAAACCUCUCAGUCAGGACCUUCUAUAACCUUCUCUUCAACUAUGGCUCCAUGUUCCACUUUAGCCUGAACUUUCUCAGAUGUAUAACCUGUAAUUGCUUUCGCAGGAGAGUUAUGCCUGUCUGAACUUGCUUGGUUACCUGACUAUAUCAGUCUACAAAUGUGUAGCCUUAAGGUCUACAACAGCAUUAUUUUAACUAACAGCCUGGAUAGGUCUUUAAAGGAAUUUAAUUUAUGAAAAAUAAAAUAUAUAUUAUUUGUAUUAAAUCUUUUAUUUAAUAAGGUCCCCAGUCUAUUUCUGAAUGAUAUCUGACCCUCACUGUUUGUUUUUUAUAAUUACAAUAUAUAGUAAUCUAGUUUGAAAACAGACUAAAAAGUCCAUCAAGUUUAACCUUUAAAAUCCAUUCCUGUAUGCUGUUGAUCCAAAACCCCAAUUGUAGUGAUUUCCAACUACAAAAAGGGAAAAUAAUUUCUUAUUAACUCCAUAAAUGGCAAUCAGAUUACUCAUUGGAUCAACAAGCAAGAUUGCACAGUCAAGGUGGGGCCUUACCACAGUUUUAUAAAGAGGCAAAAUUAUAUUUUGCUUGUGUGAAUCAAUAACCCUCCAUAUACAUGAUAGCACCUUACUAGCUUUUGCAAUGGUAGACCAGCAUUGGAUACAGUUGCCUAGUUUAUCUCUAGUUGUUCCAAAGUCCUUUUUAUUUGAUCUUAUCAGUAUCUCAACCCCAUUUAAAGCAUAAGUGGAUUGUGGCAUUUUUAUGCCAAAUGCAUAACUUUGCUUUUUUCUGUGUUGAAUCUCAUUUGUCACUUGCCUGUCCACUCCCUGAAUUUACCAAAUCACUAUUUAUAGAGUUUAUAUCAUGCUCAACCUGUAUUUUCUUACCUAGCACCUAGCAAGCACUGACAUAACUUUAAAUGCCCAUUUUAAGAUCAUUUAUAACCACUUUUGUACAAUUUGAAAAUGUUCAAUUUACAACUACUUUCUGUAAUUUAUCUUUAAACCAGUGUUGUGUCCAAAAACAUAAUUUUCAUCUAAGCUAACUGAUUUCACCCAGACCACUUCAUUUUACUGGGUGCAGGCUCACAGGCUUUACGCUCACAGGUCGGGAGAUUCCUGGUUGAACUUUUGAAUAUCUUUAUAUAUAUAAGCACCACAUCUGUUUUCUCUAUAAGACAUGGUUAAUGUAAAUAUAUGUAUUUUUUUGGUUUGUUUGGUAUUAUAAAGGUCAUUUGUUCCUAUCUUCCAUAGAAGACUAGAAUGAUAAGUGCUUUACAAAUUGGGAAAAAAUGCAAUGAGUGCAAAUUAUGCAAGAAAGAAAUUGUAAAAAUGUCUGUACUAGUCUGUUAGAGUACUUGUGUGUUGUAAGUUUGUGUACAUUCCUGAUAUGGAUUAUGUCGAUAUGCACUAAAUGUGAAAAUAGGAAACAUGAAGCUACAUAAGUUAUGUUAGAUUUGUAUAUGCAGUUAUUAUUUUUUUUUUUAAUAAUGAAUAGUUUUACUUCAUAAGCCCUCCCUUUCACCCCAUCUCUCACAACCUGCAGUGUUUCCUGUUUUGUUCCACAAAAACGGUUUAUACAAUGUCAUAACUUUGGUUUCUGGGAGCUCUGGUUCCGUUUUUCAUUUUCAACUCAACCAUUGAACUACAAAUAUUAUUACUAAAACAUUAUUAUUAUUAUUAUUGCCUCUUAUAUAGCGCCAACAGAUUCCGUAGCGCUUUACAAUAUUAUGAGAGGGGAAUUUAACUAUAAAUAGGACAAUUUCAAAAAACGUACGGGAACAAUGGGUUGAAGAGGACCCUGCUCAAUCGAGCUUACAUUCUAUAGGACAUUUAUUAUUUUUGUAUUGCUAUUACGAUGGCAUAUCACUUUAUAAUUGCUUGAUAUGUGGGCACUUUAUAUUGUUUAGAUUAGAUUCAAUGAAAUGUAUUUUUUUUAGGUUAUUUUCUUUGAGAUUCAGAGAGAGGGAAAGAGUCAACUCCUUUUGAUUAAGUACCUAAUUGUUCAGUGAGAUAACAGAUGGGGUUAAUCCCAUACAGGUUUUGCGGUUUGCACUCAAGUGUAACUCUUCACCGUGAUUGGGUUAUUUAAUUAUUGAUAACCUAUAUGUAGCUUUGUAUAAAAACUCCCUGACACCCUUAUGGUGAGCCCGUGCAGCACUGCAUAGGGGAUAAACUCAGGAGUGACAUAGAAAGUCACUUCCUGGUUUGGUUACAGAUUGCUGCAAAAUAUGCAAAACAAUGCAGCAAGUGUAGGAAAUUAAUAAAGCUUAAA